AGACAGCAGCAGGCUUAUUGGAGCUGAAGGUUUCAUCACGGAUCAAAAGGCGACGUGGCGCUGCUUCAAAUCACUCCUUCCUUCAGCUGCAGCGCGGAGGGCGCUGCUUUAACAUGACUCGAUGCAUAGCCUGUAAACGUGUUUAGGAGGGACAUAUUUUUUAUGUGGAGCAUUUUUAAAGUUCACCAAAGAGGCCAAACGACACGUUCGCAACAAUGAGGCCGCCCCCACAAAUCAGCGUCUUUCUCCUUUCUCUUCUUGCACCUGGAGUUUUAUACGCAAUGAACAACAUCCCUGCGCUUCAAGAACCUCUUGUUAUCUUGGGAAUGGAAACUGUCAUCCUGGGGUCCGUUUUUCUCCUCCUCCUCCUCACUGUGCAGCACAAGACAAAAGUGGACCCUUUGUUCUAUGUAUUUGCAGAGUUUUCCUUCACCUGCGUGUUGGGCCUGACCAAUGCUUUAGAGCAGGAUGGAUUCAUCUCUGGCUUCGUGGGCUUCUAUAUAAAGAUGGGUGAGCCUCAUCUAAGUACUGCCUAUGCUGUGAUGAUGUCUUACUGGGAGGGUGUUGUUCACUUCAUCCUCUUCCUCACUAUCAUCCACCGCAUGUUCUCUGGGAAGUCAUAUCGUAGCCUGGGCCUGCUGUGGGCAGGCUCCGCCAUCGCCUGCCAAAUUGUUCACAUCCCAGGAGUGGUCAUUGGUAAGUAUGGGUCUAACAUUCGACCAGCCUUUUGGAGUAAUGUCCCCUUCGUUUUGGUACCUUUCUGGGCAGCAUCGCUGCUCUUUAACAGGCCCAGAGAGAUGCAAAUCAUCAUAGCAGAUAAGAUCGCCACAGAGCAGAAGAAAGGUCUGCUGUCUCGCCCCAUCGACCUGAUUCUGUCACUGCUAUUGCUGGGAGCCAUGGCCUUCUCUGUUUUUAGAGGCUUUGUGGUGCUGGACUGUCCUCUGGACACCUGCUUCACCUACAUCUAUCAGUAUGAGCCGUACCUCAAAGAUCCAGUCGGCUUUCCCAGAGUUAUGAUGCUGGUGUAUUUAUUCUACGCACUGCCCCUGCUGACGGCCUUCAUCUAUGGUCUGAAAACCCCUGGAUGUAGCUGGAUGUUGGACUGGACCAUCUUCUUCGCUGGUGCCAUGGCUCAGACCCAGUGGUGCCAUAUCGGAGCAUCUCUGCAUUCCCGCACUCCCUUCACGUACCGAGUCCCAGCAGACAAACGGUUGCCUGUUAUCGCCCUCAAUGUGCUGUUUGCUGCUGCACCGGCUCUGCUGGCCCUGCGCUGCCACACAAACCCCGCUUAUUUUAUGAAGCCUGUUCCUGCGGGACAAUCCAAUGACAAGAAAAAGAAAAACUAGACCACACACAAGCCGUGGACUGGUGAGGAAUGCUUACUGGGGCACGAACUGAAUUAAAUGCACACAUUUUUCAUCCAUAAGACCCAGAGGAAAUCUAAAAACAUUGCUCUCUGAGUCAACUGUUAAAAAUCAGUGGCCUCACCCAGCACUUCCUGCAUGGACUUUUGGACCCUGAUAAGGAGGCUGUUGAUGGAGGUGAGGACUGUGAUCAGAUCGCACAGUGUUCAGGUGACUCAUGCAGACACCCAGUUGGUAUCGUCACAAACUUCAGCUAACCUGAAUCAUACAGGUCAGCAGCAGACCAACAGAGAGUGAUUCAGUCAUUAUUUUUUCUAUACAGAAAUCUAAACCAAAGCCACAAAAUUUGAAGAUUCCUUUUCUCAUCUUGAAUAUUGCAACUUUCAUCCUUCUGUCAUUUUUAGUACCCCCACACAAACUGAGUAUUAAAUGAUGAAUCCUCUGAAGGCUGGAUAGCUUAAGAGCUGCUGAUAAGAGAGAUGACUUUCUCAAGCUAAAGAAAAAAAAAACACUUGGUGACAAACAUUGUGGUCAAUCCUUCAUGUGUUAUAAAGAAAUCAGGCAGAUAUUCAUCACUAUUCCACUAAGUCAGGAGUGUUACCUUCAGGUAUUUUGUUAUAAAAAGCUAAAUAUUCAGUUUACAGUAAUGUAAAAAGGGGACAAACAGCACGCUGGUGAGGCUGAAAGCUUGAGAUAUUGUGUAUUUGCUUAAUAAACGACCUUAAAUCAUUA